CAACAAAGCAAAUUUCUUUUCUGAGAAAAAUCAUGCUUUUUAAAGCUCACCCAUAUAAUUCCCACUCAUUAUCUUUGUUGCUUAAAGUUCAUGCCCUCUCUCAGCUAGCUCCUCCCCCUUAUAUCUCUCUCUCUCAAAUCAACCACACCAAUUCUCAAAGCAAAUUCCCUUCCCUUGUUGCUCUAGAAAAGAAAGCAAAGAAAACCAAGACACACCCUCUCCUCCAAAUAUAGCCCAUUGAUGAGAAUUAGAAAAGACUCACUACAGAGACAUUAAACUAUAACACUCAUUGAUCACAGUCUGUCCCAUAAAAACAACUACCAUACAGAUACACGCCCCAACACAAAUUACAAAAAACACAAACAAAAACAACUUUUAACACCUUCAAUUCCCAUGCGAUCAUGAAGGGAGGUAGUGAUGACUUCCACCACCACCAUCACCACCAUCACCAUAACCACCACCGACAAAACUUCCCAUUCCAACUCCUUGAGAAGAAAGAAGACCAACAAGACCCUUCUUCUUGCUCCACCUCUUCCCCAUACCCUCCCCUAGCCAUCUUAGCUGAACCCUCCACCUCCAACAACAACAACCAACUCCUCCCCACACCCUCCUCCGAACCCUCCCCCAAAAAACCACCCCCCAAAAGAACCUCCACCAAAGACCGGCACACGAAGGUCGACGGUCGCGGUCGUCGAAUUCGAAUGCCGGCUCUCUGCGCCGCUAGGGUGUUCCAGCUCACGCGUGAGCUGGGACACAAGUCUGACGGCGAGACCAUCGAGUGGCUCCUCCAACAGGCGGAGCCAUCCGUCAUUGCUGCCACCGGCACCGGCACUAUCCCCGCUAACUUCACCUCCCUCAACAUCUCCCUCCGCAGCUCCGGCUCAUCCAUGUCCGUCCCCUCCCAACUACGAUCCAGCUACUUCCACAACUCAAACUUCUCCCUCCAACCUAGAAGAAGCCUAUUCCUAGAAAACACCAACACUCCUCCCACAACAACAACACUCCUCCAUUUCCAAUCCAACAACAACAACGCCAUCUUCCAACCCAAGCACGAAUUGCGCGAAUCUUCGUCACUAGACUUGUCCUCAGAGAACAACAACGAAGAGGGUAAUUUUGGAAGAAAAAGAAGACCCUUGGAGCAAGACCUAUCCUCAACUAUACAACACCAAGUUGGAAACUAUUUGAUGCAAUCAAACACAUCGGGGACAAUUCCGGCGAGCCACCACGCUCAAAUUCCGGCGAACAUAUGGAUGCUAGCGAAUUCAAAUAAUCACCACCUAGGUGGUGGUGUGAGUGGUGAAGCUCCUCCUUUGUGGACAUUCCCUGGUGUGAGUAACAGUGCUGCCUUGUAUAGAGGAACCAUGUCAAGUGGGCUGCAUUUCAUGAACUUUCCAACCCCAAUGGCCCUUUUGCCGGGUCAGCAAUUAGGGUCUUCUGGGAUUGGUGGGAAUAUGAACAACAACGAAGGACAUUUGAGUAUGCUUUCGGGGCUUAACCCUAAUUAUCGAACGACGGUGAUCGGAAUUUCGGAGUCUCAGGCGAGUGAGUCACAGUCGACACAUCAUGGUGGAAGCGAGGAUCGGCAUGAGCAUGAAUGAUAAUUAACAACAUAAGAGGAGGAUCAAUGAAUUAUCAACAAAUUAUUCAAUCAACGUGUUCUUCUUCGAUGAUUGAUUCCUACAUGUGUAGUAGUUUGGUGUUUUAACACAACGUCAUGACGUGAGGUUUGAUUAUUAUUUUCCCUACGGAACUGAGUUUUGUUUAUUUUGAUGAAAAGAGAAAUUUUUUUUUAUUUCUUAAUUUGGUGUGGUUAAUAUGUUGGGAAGGGGUGGGUGGUGGAUGAUGGAAGAAGAGAGAAGAGAGGUUUUUUUUUUAGGGCUUGAGAGAUAUAUGACACUAUUUAACAGUUGGAUAUUAUUUGGCUUUAUUUCACUACACGAUAUCUUAUCAUCAUUGUUUGUGCAA